CUGGGCCGGGGCGGGGGGGCUGCCCCCGUGGCCGCAGGAAGCCCGAAGCUCCAGGGUGGCCGCCGCCGGCGGAGCUCGGCGCCGGGUGUACAGCACCGAGGCGGCGCGGGUGUCCCCUGCGGGCGGGCCCUCUUCGGGUCCCCGCGGCGGAUGGUGGAGGUGGUGGUUUGCUUACCUUGCCUAGUCGCUUAUGGGCAGUGUGAAGUUGGGCUUUAUAUUUCCAGCAGAACCAUUUGAUUGCCGAUCUGCAGCAGCAUCUGUAACUCUUGGCACACCUCAGUAUAGCAACGUGGGCCGUGCAUGACAGUAAAUGGGAACAAAACUAGCCGGGAAGGUUGGCUUUUGUUGGGCAGCCUUGCUGAAGUGAUUCUUCCAUAUAUAUCACUGAUAUGAUUGAAUAUAACAUAACUGCCUUGUGGAUUGAUACUUAAACGUGAAUAUACAGUGACACUUUUGCAAUUUGCAAAUUACUACUUUUUCACUGUACAUAUAAGGCUUCUGAGAAACAAAACCUAAUGAUCUUUUUUACAAGCCCUGAUGUAUUUAAUCUGAUGCGUAUUGAUAGGUAUGUUGAAUGGGACAGCAUGUUUUUAAAGUCAGGAUUUUUUAAGGAUGUCAGCAUAUUGAUCUCCAUGUUUUUUCUAAGUAGGCUAAAACUUGCAGACUAAUUCAACUUGCAGAACAUGAAUUGCAAAAGACAAUGUUACUGGGCAGUCUGGGUGAUGAUGUACAUCUGUCAUGCCUUGUCACCACACUACAGUAUCCGGGGGGUCUUUGGAGUGAAGACCUUUCAGUGCCUGGGGUUGGUUUGUUUAUGGCUAUAUGAGUGUUCAUUUGACAGUGUGCUUCCAAGAUUUGGCUUGGGACUGUAUUUUCUGUCAAGUGGCAGACCUUGAGUAAUGGACGCAGGUAGAAAACCAGUAACUAUAUUGAAAUACUACAGAAUUAAAUCUUCAUAUAAAUUAGGCCUGAGAUUAAAUUGUACUUAAAACAGUCUCAAAGUGGUAUUGCUAUAAGAAAAUAUCCCUGUAAAAUCCAAAUAUUCUGCAUGAAUUAACAUCUAAGCAUUAUCAUAGGCAAGAAAUGACUAAUUAGAUCACCUUCUCUAGGAACACUUCAGGUAAUUAGAGAUAUGGUUUAGCCAAAAACUCAGAAGGAAGUUGUGAAUAUAGCUAGACAGAGUUUCCUUUCUUAUACCGGAUGAAAUUAGCAUCGGAAAAUACAUUAUAUUCACUGAAGUUAUAACCUGCUGUAUCCAAGAGCACUAUUAAGGCAGCAGUCGUGAUCAUAAGCAGUUUCAAACUGUCCUGUUCAAAAGCCACGGUGUACAUUUUUUAAUGCAUACCAUACAGCUGGAUUCCUGGGCGGUUCAGAUCACUCUGAUUAUUAAACAGCGGUCUGAAAUAAAUGUCAUCUUAAAUUAAGCUUGUCUUGUAGCUUUCCUUCAAUGUGGAAACAUGCCCAAUGUCUCAUGUGAUGCAUUUCUCUAGGUAAGAAUGGAAAGGUUGAUAUUGUGGCUGUUCCUACAAUGUACACUUCCAGUCGGUGCCGUUGUAAUUGUGCAGCAAGAGAACUAGAUCUCAAGGGAUGUAUGCUGGACUACAGCUGUAAGGGCUUGGGCAUCUAAAUGAUCCUGUGGGCACUCGCUCCUCAGAGCUAGAUCCUUGCUGUCCUAACCCUUGGUCUCUGAUCUGUGCAGGCUCAGGUUUUUCCCAGUAAUACUUGCUGAAUGCAUUGAGGUCUGCUGCUUGAUGUGUCUUAGUUUUGGCAGUGUUGAUUAGUUAGGUGCCCAAACUGUCCAGGGAUCCAGAAGCGAGGUGUUCCUUGAUAAGUCACUCUUGGAGAGCCCAAGUGUCUUCAGAUUACAUACAGAUGAUCAGGACCACUUAAAAACCUAUGCAGGGGAGUAUAUUGCCGUGCUUUUUAUUUAUUUUUUUCUUCUUAUUCUUUCUAGGCUUUGUCUAGAGCUGUUACCCAGAUGUGAAGAGCCAAGUUCUGAAUUUGCGUCUUUCAUUUCGCAAGAGAGUGCUAGAGUCAUAAACCUGUGUGUUGUUCUGCGCUGGCGGUCUCUGACUCCUUACUUAUGAAACUGUUUUGCCUUGCUUUCAAUACAGAAAUAUUCACUAGGUUUGAUAGCUACACUGGAUCUUUGAUUGUGGUCUCCUCUAAACUGCAACACUGAAAACAAUGGCAACAGAAUGUAUAAAAAGCUGCUGUAAAUGGUGUUUCUGCAUGGAAAAAGAAAAAAAUGAUCCAGUUUCCAUGGUGCAGGAAUCUGAAGCAGUAGCUGCAAGCAAGCCAACUAUUGUAGAGAAGCCUCCAUUGUCUUCUGUGUCAGUGAAGCAUCAAGUUGGCUGUUCAGAGGAUUAUCUACUCUCUAAACUGCCCCUGGAUGGUCAAGAGGUACCAUUUGUGGUCCCUCCAUUCAAAUUGGCUUAUGUACAGCCGAAGAACCUUCCUAAUAUCUCACAUGCUGGGGGGAUUCAAGAAUCUGCCAGAGCCUCAUUUGGUGACCGGAAAGCAGAACUGCACGGCAUGUACCAAUGGCCCCGCUAUGACGUGUACAACCCAUUUUAUUUGGAGCAUCGAGUUUCACCAGAUCUGAUUAGGCGCUUCCAAGCAAAAUCAGAUACCAGGAAAUUAUACGGAUCAGUUAGUGAUUUAAGACCUAGUGCUUUGCCUGGAUCAUUUGAUGUAAGUCGUUCAAUGUUUGAUCUCAGAAGCCCGCCUCAUCGAUUCAUGAAGAGAUACGAUUCAUUCUCCAGUGUACCUAGCAGUACCUCUUCCAGGAAGGAUUCGCAAGGCAGUAACAGGAGUCUGGAUACUAUUACAUUAUCAGGUGAUGAACGAGACUUUGGAAGACUGAACGUGAAGUUGUGUUAUGUUUCUUCUGUAGAACAGAUUUGGAUCACAGUUCUACAUUGCAAAGACCUGAGCUGGCCUUCUAGCUGUGGGGAAAAUCCUCGUAUCUAUGUGAAGGGAAUUCUCACACUGCCCAAACCAGUGCAGUUCAAAUCUUCUGCCAAGGAAGGGUGCAAUGAUAUUGAAUUUAUGGAAACUUUUGUAUUUGCUAUUAAACUACAAAGCCUUCAGGCUGUCAGAUUGGUAUUUAAAAUCCAGACACAGACUCCCAGGAAAAAAACAAUUGGAGAGUGCUCCUUGGCACUGCGGGAGCUCAGCUCGGAGGAGUCGAGUCACUGGCUGGGUAUAUCUCCUCCUUCCAAAGCACCUGUGUGCCGUGCAGAACUUCAAGUAGGAACUUGUUUUCAAGCAAUAAACAGGAGGAUUCAGUUACAGAUUCUUGAAGCCCAAAACCUUCCAGUUUCAUCUACACCGCUGUCUUCAAAUUUCUUUGUGAAAGUUGGAAUGUUUAGUACAGAAGGGCUCAUGUAUAAGAAGAAGACUCGUCUUCUGAAGUCCACUAAUGGCAAAGUGAAGUGGGGAGAAAUGAUGAUUUUUCCAGUUAGCCAAGCUGAACAAGGAAUUAGCUUUCUCAUCAAGCUCUACAGCAGAAGUUCAGUGAGAAGAAAACACUUCCUAGGACAGAUCUGGAUAAGUUCUGAUAGCAGUAACAGUGAAGCAGUAGAGCAGUGGCAAGAUACUAUGGCCAACCCUGAAAAAGUUGUUGUUAAAUGGUACAGCAUUGGUCCAUCUUGAAGACUGGAGAUGAAACUCAGGACUGAUUUUUCUACAAAGAUAUUCCUACACUGUUUAAAAUAGUAUAAAUAAAAAGACAAAUACUGUCUACACAAGUUCUUCAGAAGGUCUCCACUGCAUCACACCUCCAUGGGAAAAUUCAGCAUUUCACAAAGAAAAAUACUGGCUAAAUAUUACUAAGAGGACGACUUAGGAACUGGGGAAAGUGCUCAUUUGAUUUUAAAAAAAUCCACCUUGAAAAAUGUAUUUUUGCCCCUUUCAGGCUCCAUAAAAGCACAGAAAUCCAAUCUUGGAGAGCAGCAGCUUGAAUCACCAUCAUCUUCACUAGUCACUGAUGUCAUCCUCAUCUGCAAUCUUGUCUUUGGCAGACCCCAAAGUCCAUGGGAAUUGGUCUGGUCAGUGGCUUGAUCCUAGGUACCUCUGAGCCUUAGGGAUUGUAGCCCUGGUUGACACCAUUUGAUCAGAGUAAUGUGUGCCUCAGCAAGCGGGAAAGCUGUGGCUGCAGGAGGAGACAUAAAGGGAACUGCGCAAUAAGGCAGUACCCAAAGGCUUUUUUAAUCUCCAUCUUUGAUAAAGGGCUGUUCAGUGCCCUGACAUGCCUGUAGCUUGGGGUUUCCCCCAUCCUUCUCUCUAAGCAGAGAGAUUGAAAAAUAAGAGUUUUUUCUGACUAGCUGUGAUAUUUGCAAGUGGGGCCCUCCAGACUCACUCCGUUUGGGUGAAUUCUGGUUGGAAUCAAUGGAAUAAUACAAAGAGGCAAUGGCCCUGCCUAGGAUCGGAGCCAGUAUUUUUAGAUAAAUUACUUUCUUAUAUAGCAUUCUUAUACGUAAACCACUUAUCUAAUCAACAAUGUUCUAGCAUUUGCUUACAUUGCUAAAAGCCAGACUAACGUGUAUGAAGGAGUAAGCAAAUAUUUACUGACAUAAGUGCUUUUUGAUACUAAUUAAAAUGCAGCACAGUAAGGGACUCAGACUUUGUUUAAAAGAUGGGCUACUACUGCAGAAGUAUUUAUUACAUGGCUAGGAUGCUGAAAAAUUAUGUGUGGGAGUAUAUUUUUGUUACUUGUUUCUAGCAAGAAGAAAUUACCAUAUUUUUAUUGCAAAUUAUAUUUUUCCUACAAAAUCCUAAGCUUAUUUUUUCUAUUAGUCCCCAUAUUUUCAGGGGUUUAUUCAUACUUAUUUUUAAGGCAGGAAAACGCCAUGUAUAUAACUGAUAAUAUAUACAUCUAAAAGCACAGAUCUCUUUGCACUACUUUAACUACUGGAUUUAAAAUAUAUGUAUAUUCCAUUAAAUCUGCUGCUUACACAUUUACUGUUGGCUCUCUGGACUGUACAAAUAUGUUCAUAUAGAUGCUGAAUAAUUGUAUCUUUUUUGUAACUUGGCUCCUGUUCAAACAUCGGACAUGAACUGGAGUGGCAGUGAGAGCACUCGCUGCUGGAAGGCAAAGGAACGGUGGGGAGCAGAGAAAACACUGUAACAGGAAAGCAUGUUGUAUUUAAGCAUUGAGCUUGGAGCAUCUUUGUUUUAACUUUUUUGACUUUGAGUAAAGGUCAAGAAAAUAUGGAAUCUCUUAGAUAUUUUUUUUUAAAUCAGCUGUUAAUUGAAGUUUUUAAAACUUCAACCAUCUGGAUUUUUGUUGUUGAAAUUCAGUAUUUUGAAAACGGGGGAACAAAAGGAUUUUCCCCGGCUCUUACAUGCUCCGCUUUUUGACCAGGUUUUAUAAAUUAACUGAAAAAGUUUUUGCAUGUUACUUGAAGAACAAACAUCAGUUCUAGCUCUUACUGGCACUCUCUGCAAAGCUCCCAGUAGGCCCAGUGGAUCUUGACCGACAGCGUUAACUUCCAGCCAGUUACCACACUUGGGAUGAGCCUGGCCUGUCGGGUAAAAUGAACAAAGGAACUGGACCAAGCUGAUACUCUUGGGGUAUCUUUCCUUGAAUACGUGGAUCUCUUUUAUUCAUUAUGGCUGAACUGCAGUAAACAAAAGUGCAAACUAACUGUUUCCUUAUGCAGCAUGCUGCUCUAUUUGAAAGAGAAGACACUGAAUCAGUAUCACAGUCUUUUGGGGGCUUUGAUUACUGCAGCAGUGGUUCUACAGAGAUUGCCAACUCAGUGAAUACUGUGUAAAAUGGACUUUGGGGGCUGUUUUAGGAUACCUAGCCCUUUAAAGGCCUAACUAGUAAUGUCUCCUUUUUCCUAUGUUAAUAUUUAAUCUAUGUGUUUAU